GUCAAAGACAUCUCUGUCAUUGAUGUAUUGUCUCUUUUUGGUGUUAAGACACGUUGUGUUGCUAAUAAUAGAAAGCAUCAGAUAGGAGAGUCUUUAGUUAAAAAAAGAUGGCGCCCAAAGCAGCCAAGAUAGAAUAAGACGAGCUAAUCCCUAAAGUUUAGGAAUGCCUUUGGUUUAUAGGAAUCUGCAGGAAAUAAAAAACGAAGACCAAAUGGAUUAAUCCUUUCAAUUUUGUUCAACUUUUUUUCCUUUUUACCCUCAAAAUUUUGAAAGGAUUAAUCCUUUUUGUGUGUUUGUUUGUUUUAUGGAUUUCUCAUUGUUCUAAUAUCAAGGAUAGAUUUUACAGUUCCCUGUAUUAGAGGUUCGUUGCCUUUGUUGAGAUCAUAUCUUUCAUGAGUUCAUCAUUAUAUUUCUGUUGUUUGUUCCUUGAACCUAUUGACCAUUUUCUUUACAGUUGGAAAAAUUAUAAACUUUCAAUUUGGUUUAUAAACAGAGAAGAAUCGUGAAGAGAAGAUUAGUAACGGAGGGAGCCAUUGCGGGUAAAGUAUAAGGUCUGAAGAGCUAGGGUUCAUUGCAAAUUUACAUGGAUAUUCGUAGCUAUGGACAGGAAUCACAAGAAAGGAAAAAAUAGAAAGUCUUAUCAUCUAAAGAAGCAUAAAAAGUCAGAUAAUAGUAGUAGUUUUGAUCCAAGACCAACAAACAAAGAAAGGAAUGACGAGAAGCCGGUUUUGUUCCAAUUGGGGAGCAUUGCUAGUUACGUGGUCAGUGAUGUUCGUCUCGAGCCAGAUCCAGAGAUCACAUCCAGGAGAUCUGCAUCUCUUUCAUUGUCUCCAACCUCUUCAGGGGAUACGCUCGAGACCAAUGCAAAAGAAAGGAAAUCCAGCUUAUCUUUCGAUAGUAGCGUACACAAUAAGGAGCUCUUAAGCCUUUCUUCUAAAUUAUGCGAGUUACAAGGUUCAUCGGACACACUAGGUUCACAAGUGUCUGGUGUAACUCAUGCUUCAGUGGAGCCUACGCUUUUGUCUCCUUCUGUUCAAAUGAUGGAUAGAGAAGGAUCUGACCAUGCUCAGAGAAACUCGUCACCUACUUUGGAGAAGAAUUUGAGCACACUUUCAAAUGAUUCUCUGUUUAGUCUCAGCAUAGGUGAUAACACGAUAGGGAGAGAUGAGUUGUUUAGUUACCGUGAUUUCAAGUCUGGGGAGAUUACAAAAUCGGGAGAGCUGUUAUCGUUCUGCCCUACUGUUCAUAUUCCGGCUUAUUCUUCUGAUCUAGGCAAGAGCUUUGAUAUGGAGGAUAAAGCGAGUGGAGAAUCUGAGGAUAAGUCUUCAAACUCGGAUGUAUCAUGGAGGAACAUUGGAGACUGCAAUAACUCAGACGAAGCACCAAGCAGCACACAAUCGUUUUCACAUCCAAUAACUAAAAAGAACAAGACGAAAAAGAAGGCAACAAAGAAGAAGGCGACACAGCAGCAACAACAGCCGAAGCAGAAGAAGAGAUGUUCUUGGUUAUGUUGCACGAACACUGGACCGUGCUUCUCCUGUUGCAGAUGGCCAAGUUGUGAUUACAGCCUCUCUUGCUGCAAACGGCGAAAAUGUUGCUCGUGCUUCUCCUGGUGCGGAUGGCCAAGUUGUGACUACAGUUCUUCUUGUGGCUGGCUCUUCUGCUGCCAUUGGAGCUGUUGGAGUUGCUGUUGUUGUUCCAGUUCUUCGAAGAAGGUAGUUGAUGAUGAGAUGACGACUAGAGGGAGUGAAGUGUCCAAAAAAUCUCAUAAAUGGUUUUGUUGCUUUCCUUGUUGCUCUUCUUCCUCUUCGCAACAUUAGAUUAGAUUCUUUACUCAACUCUCUGUUUUUAGCUAAAAGGAUUAUAAAAAAAAAUUAGAUUUUACAAAAUGUAAAUGUUUCUUGCUUUAUAGUUUUCAAGUGAUCACUAGAUGAGGUUUGAGAACAGUAUUACGCAACAUAAGGUUUAACAA